AUGUCAUAUCCAUCUAUUACCAUUAUUGGGACUCUAGCUUUUAAAUCACAUGCAACACCAGAUAUUGUUCAUAAUUUACUAUCACUGGUCAAUGCUCAUCAACAAAUAUCUCGAAUUAGUGACGCAUCAUGGCGUUUAAAUAAUAAAAAUCAACUAUUACUCUUUACUCCAACCAGAGAAAUAUUUUCAUUAUUAUUAACAAAUACAUAUCUAUUCAUUACUGGUAUAUGUUCCAUACCAGUUACACAUUCAUGUCCUUUACCAGCUCAACUUUCACUUUUUCUUUUAAAUUAA